UCGUUCGUGUUAAGCCCUAAUAAAGCAGAAUGAAAAGAGGGAAUCAUUUAUCGAAACUAUGCAUUUCUACUUGUUGGUCUUGGCAUGAUUUUGUCUCAAUUUAAACAGUUAUUAUAUUUCAAUAAUAACAUAAUCGAAAACCCAGAAACGUUGGAUAUAUUUCAAUAAUAACAUAAUCGAAAACCCAGAUACGUUGGAGAAAGGGAAAGAAAAUAAGGUCCUGCAACAAACCUCAAGGAUACUAAAUGGUUGUUACUUAAAUAAAACAAUUUUGUAGGUAAGUAAAACUAUAACAUGGUGUGUUUCAUAAACUCAACUUCUUUAAAUCAAUAACACUGAAAACACUUGACAUAAGUAAGAUAAAAUUCUGAAUGUAUUUCAUUUCGUCGGUGUAUCGAUAUGUAUUCAAAACUUCCGUGUUAAUAUUAUUUAUGCAGAUAAUCUUUGUUUAACCAUGUAACAAGGAAGAAAUCUUAACUUCAAAGUGAUUAGUAUUUAAAAAUGUCGUUAAAAUUAAUUCCUUACAUUUUUAUCAUAUGGAAUAUGUUGCAACAAGGUAAUAAAGUUCAAUCAAAUUCAAUUCAAUUGUAAAUACAGAUAAAAAAGUGAGUUUUAAGUUCAUGUAUUUAAAUAAAUUGAGCUAUACUCUUAAUCAAGUUUACAUUUCAUAUGUUUGACUUAAAUAAAGUAUAAUUAUUUCUUUUAUAGUAAAUCAUUUAAAAUCCUAUGAGGAAAAUUGCUUUAAAAGGUUUAUUUUCUAUAUUCCAUAUUGAACUUAUAAGUACGCUAAUUGUUACAAGGCAGGUCAGGGAUUUAUGCAUUAGAAGUGUAGUGACAUUCCAGUGGUUUUUGUUUGGUGAUAUUGUAUGAAUGGAGAUAUAAAGGGCUUCAUUCCGUAUACCUGUCUAUUUGAUCUUUGUUUUCAGAUGUUGAAAUCUAUUCUUAUAUUGAAAAUCAAGAUUUAACGAUUUUUAAGAUAUGUAUCGCUAUUUAAUCAUAUAUGUUUAAAAGCUAUCACGGGUUGUCUAUUUUAAUUUCACAAGAAUUAAAAAAAAUACUGCAAUUGUUAUUUGAUAAUAUUUAGUUGUUAUUGUAGACUUGAAAGUAAUUGAGUAUUUUAUGCAACAAUAAGUAUUUUGCACAGAAAUUAUAACCAUUUUCUUUUAUAAUUUAGUUGAAUCGCACUACAAAUGGAUUAAAUGCGUGAACAAGAUCGUAAGGAAGUGGCGGAUUUUUUGUCAGAUAUCUGUAGCCAUUUUAAACUUUUGAAUCUGCAUUGCAUUUCUGUGGAAAUAGGCUAGCCAAUUUUUAAAUAAAUUGAUAUAGUUUGAAUUUGACCAAUAUUCAAGAUACGUUGUGUAAUAUGCAUUCAUUUAAAAAAAAAAUAUACAUAGCAACUGGAUGGUAGUCAUAAAAUUUUGUUAAUCUCUCGGAACAAUGUGUCACCAUCCUAUACUUUUCAAUAUAUUUUAAUUUUGAAUAGCAUUUCAUGUAUUUUAAUAUUUCUUUGUCAAAUGUACAUAUGAUAUUGAGCUGGUAAAUGUUUUUGCAAUUGACUUGUCCUUUUAUGCCGAAUAUAAAAGUAUGAUUUAAUUACAUUUUUUGAUAAAAGAUAAUAAAGAAAUAUCCAAAGAAAUUAAUUGAAAAGUUCAGUGAAAAGCGUUGCAACGCUAUUCAAUUUUGGGUCAUUUUUCACCAUAAGAAUAAUUAUUCAGGAUAAAUGGAGUGAGCUAAUGAUCUGAAAUUGUGUAUACUAGUUAUUGUUAAAGAUCUACAUCAAAUGGCACAAAUAUUUCAAUACAUUAAUUUAAGUCCCGUCAGAUCCAAAACCCUUAGAAGCAUUCCACUGAGGUCCAAAUGCCUAAAAAGAUAACAUUUUUACAUACAUCAACUCGGUCACUUAAAAGCUGAAAAAUGUGAAAACGACAAUACAUAAAUAUGCUUAGAAUCAAAAUGAAUAUCAAUUUUAAGUGCUAUUCCUAGCCCUAUUUUAGAAUUAGCAAAUAAGCAUUCUUAUCUCCCGAUUAGAAGUUAAAGAAAUGUUUUAUCGCCAUUGCCUUGAUUUUUUUUAAAAUCAUAUUCACACUUUCAUGUUCUUGAUAAUUAAUUAUGCGGUAGCAGGUACCUCAGGAUAUGUUCUAUCAGAUAAACAGAUCUCUUGGUUAGAAGCUGCUAAAACGCAUACAUUUGCCAUCCCAGACGUAUUUUCUUUAGAUGAGUAUCAUGCCCUACUAGAAGACAGAAAAGAAAUUUGGGUUGGAUAUUUUCAAAUGAAUACUGCAUUUGCAUAUGUCGGUUGUGCGCCUGUAGCCGACCAUGAUCCUAUAACGCUGUCUUCAAUACAGAGAAAUUCCCCGGGAGUAUGUUUUACACUGUGCAAAUUAAUGAGAAAGGGACAUAAUUAUAUUGGAUUAGGCCAAAGCAAGUGCUAUUGCCUGGGUAUUUUACCUAGAACUAACAUUCUCCAGACUGGUUGUAACAUACAAAUCUCGGACUGGAUAGCUGGGGAUGGUUCUAAAGUGAUGUCUAUAUACGAGAUGAAAGGCAUGUUUGUUAAUUGUAUCUUUUGGGACAUUGUAUUGGUACUUUAUGGAUGAUAAUGGCGUCUGUAGUCAAGUGGUUUAGAUAUUUAUUUUAAUCCACUUGCUUCAAAUCGCUGUUGUUUCAAAUUCCGCCAUGAACUUUGAAUAAUUACAAGCUUUCUUGCUAGCUUACGGAACGUCGGUGUUUCUGCUCGGUUGCUAAAUUUAUUCUAAGUGGAGCACCCGAGAUCAUCCUCUAUCAGCUACGGUGUACAGUUUAAUUUAAUUUAAGUUUUAUUGUUUAUAUAUACAUACAUAAAAUGUUACAGUAACACACAAUUAUACAUUAAACAUUACAAUUGCAAUUAUUAAUGUAAAUAUGCAAAAGGUUGGGCCUAAGGUUAUAAAAGCAUGAUUGAUGAGCGUUCUCUAGAAAGCAGACUGUAAUUUGUUUUUAAAAAGAUGUGAAAACAUAUAUAAAGUAUGACUUCGCGGUGACAUUCGACCGCGAAUUCAUGUUCAGUGCGAAUAUUUUACACCAAUAAUUUCUUAAAAGACAUAUUUUCGCGCAUCUAUAGAACAAUGUAUAUCAAUGUGUUCACGGCUGCCAUAAGUAUGGUAUCCGUGGCGCUUUCAAAGAGUGAUUUUACUGUUGUAUAAACUGUACAUGUAAC